GCCAGAAAGCGUAUCUUCGUUAUGAGUUUGCCGACUCUUUUGGAGUUAUUGCGAGUAGUCUUAGCAAUAUUGUAUCCGUCCCCAAUUCAGAUAUUGUACUUUCUCCCGCUUUAGAAUAUGUUCACAUUUAUGAUUUUAGAAAUUCUGAGUUAAAAGGCAAGUUAUAUGAAAAAACCUAUGAAGAAAACAAGUUAAGUGAGGUUAGUACCAUUUGUCUCGGAAAAAAAUCAAAUAUUGUUGCUGUAGGCUACGCGAAUGGCGAUUUAAAAAUAUUUAAACUUGAUUCCAGGGAAUGUUUUGUGACCUUUAGCGGUCAUAAAGGCCAAGUAACCACUAUGGAAUUUGAUACCGAUGAAAUUUUACUUGUUUCUGGAUCGAAAGAUACUGAUCUCAUAGUCUGGGACGUAGUUUCCGAAACUGGUUUAUACAGAUUAAAAGGCCACAAGGAUGAAAUCACUCGAGUGUUUAUAAUAAAUUCUUUAAAAUACGUAAUUUCCUCGUCGAAAGACACCACUAUUAAGUUCUGGGAUUUGGAUCUGCAAAGUUGCGUGCAUACUAUUGCUUCCCACCGUUCCGAAGUUACUUCUUUUGUGGUUAACCCGCAAUUAUCAAAGUUAAUCACCGCAUCUACGGAUGAAGUUUUAAAAAUUUGGAAAAUUAGGAAAAUCGAGGAUUCGACCGAUGUUUUAAAGCGAGAGGCUGAAACAUCGUCGCUUUGUAAAUUAGAAAUUAUAUUUCAUGGAGAAGUUAAACGGAAAGAAAAUGGUCGUGUUAUGUCGUUAACUCUGCAUAACGACCGCGUCCUCAUCGUUCAAGGCCAGAGAAAGACUAUAGAAUUUUUUGUUUUGGCUACUGAAGUAGAGAUCAAGGAGAAAUUAAAAAAGCGAAGAAGACGGAUUAAAGAAAAAGGAUCGCUGCAAGUUAGCGUGGAAGCCGCUGUGGAGGAUGAGAUUUCCCACGUCCACACGCUAAAAACAGUUUCUCCCGUGCGCUCGCUGUCCGUAUGCCAACCUAAAAAGUUUGUUAGAAAAAAAGAGAUUGACACUGCUUAUGACAAUGCACCACCGUUGGUGUUAAUUUUAAGUUUAACUAAUAAUCUGUUGGAGCAGUACGAGGUUUCCUUAAAAGAAACCACCUCGACUUUGACGGGCAGUCUGGAAGCCAGCGGCCACCGUCAAGGUGCCCGUGCGAUCGUCGUCAGCGAGGACGGGACAGUGCUGGCCACCUGCGCCAAAAAAUGCGUCAAGCUUUGGAACAUUCAGACCCGCUCGUGUAUCCGCACAAUCCCUUCGGCACACGGCCUUUGCGCCUUUCUAGCGCCUGGCGGAAAACAUCUGGUUAUUGGUACAAAGUGCGGAAAGUUGCAACUGUUUGAUGCUUCUGCUUCCCUUUUACUCGAAGAAAAGCAGGCGCAUAAAGGCCCCCUGUGGUCCCUGGCGCUGCGGCCCGACGGAAAACGCUUCGCCUCCGGCGGCGCUGACCAUGAAGUAAAGCUUUGGGACUUUUCAUUGAUCCAGGAUGACAGCUACUCCAAAUCAGCGCUCCGCUUAGGCUGUGAACUGGAAAGCACCUUGCUAAUGUCGGAUGAUGUCCUUUGCGUCAAAUACAGUCCGGACGCCCGUUUUCUGGCAGUGGCUCUCUUGGACUGCACCAUAAAGAUUUUCUUCCAGGACACCCUGAAAUUUUUUACCUCCCUGUAUGGGCACAAGUUGCCCGUAACCAAGUUUGAUAUCUCCGCGGACUCCACGCUUCUGGUCUCCGCGUCCGCUGAUAAAAACAUAAAACUUUGGGGACUGGACUUUGGAGACUGCCACAAGUCUAUCUUUGCGCACGCGGACACAGUGACGGACGUCACUUUCGUGCACAACACGCAUUACUUUUUCACUACAAGCAAAGAUAAGUUGGUCAAGUACUGGGACGGCGACACGUUCGACCACAUUCUUACUCUAAGCGGCCACCAAUCUGAAGUCUGGUGCGUGUCGGCCAGUAAAUACGGUCACUUUGUGGUCACCUCGUCCAGUGAUAGGUCGUUCCGUCUGUGGGAAAGGACACCAGAUAUUGUGUACUUGGACAUCCAACGAGAGCUCGACAGGGAAAAACACAUGGACGCCGCUAUAGUGGAGGACCAGCUCGCACUCGAGGAGACCAAUGAAGGAGUGUAUGAGGCUGUUGGGGUUGGCAAGCCGUCGAGAACAACCAUGCACGCAUCGGAGAGGAUUAUCGAUGCCAUUGAAGUGUGCGACAAAGAGGUCGAAGCAGAGAGAGAAUUUGCGGAACUGUGCCGAGCUGCAAUGAAAAAGGGCGAAAUUCCGCCAGCUAAACGACUUCGGGACCCGCUUCUCUCUAUGCAUAAGUGUAAGACUCCCGCGGAAUAUCUGCUGCAUGUGGUCAAGUCUGUCAGGGCUAGUGAUCUGGACGAAGCGCUUCUUGUGAUGCCUUUUGCCUUUACUCUGCGAUUUUUGCAUUACAUCGAAGAGUGGGCAGAGGCAGGGAAGGAUGUCGAGCUAACGGCACGGUGCCUGUUUUAUCUCCUCAAGCUUCACCACAACCGCCUCGUGUCUAGCCAGGUCAUGGCGGGAGCGCUGGACAACCUACGCCUGAAAUUGCGGUCCCAACUUGAGCAGCUCAAAGACACCAUUGGCUGCAAUCAAGCCGGACUCGCUUUUUUAAAAAACUUACUGAUCGAAAGGGACAUUAAAUUUUUUGACAGUGCCGAACUGCAAUUUAAGGAGAAAUAUAAACGCAAGAAAAGAAAGCUGCUCCUUUAGACGCACGUGUUUAUUUUCACAUC